AUGCCUUUUCCGGCAACUCCAUCACCAUUCCGCCUCCCCCGCAAACCAUCCACGCGCCGCAGUGGCCCUCAAUUCGCCCCCACACCUCGAUUUCUGUUGUCACAAAGUGCAACACAGAAGGGAGAUGGUGAUAUCGAUGUGAUAGAUGACGAUGAUUCAUCUUCAACGCGUAAAGUCGCGCAAAACUCGCCUGCUACCCAGAGUGCCACCCGCUCGCGACAACGUGACGUGAUCGAGGACUCGGAUGAUGCCGCAGAUAUAAAAAACAUACGAAUUGGAGCAGGAGAUGUGGAUGAGAUACCAGAUGAUGCCAUAGACAGCACUCCUCCCGAAGACCCAGAGACUCCAGGCAUUCUUGACGCUGAGUUCGACGCACUAUUUGCGCCGGUCAGAGAUGGGAAUAAACGACGGCGUGUGGAGGUAGCGACGCCUGUCAGUCGAAGUAAUCUAACACAGCUUGAUCCAAUACUGUCAUCACCACCCCAAACUGCGAACCCUCCGUCCGAUGCCCUCGAUUUGCCCGAUCAAAGCAGACAAAGCACUGCGACAUGGGAUAAGGGUACCCAGAGAACUCCUGCACCAUGUGCACGUCCAUUUGCAGCAGUUGCAUCAACAUCGGGAAAUAUAAAAACACCGUUUCGCAGUCGUCCUCGGUUUAUGCUUUCCUCGACGGCGAAGCCUCCCAGCAGCCAGUCCACACCCAAAUUCAAACCCGACACUCCGGGCAUAUCACCGCCUGAGAGACGGAAACCGGCUUUUGUUUUCCCUCGCUCCCCGUCGCCGAAUCCGGAUGCAGAAGAUAUCCCUGCACCAUUCUCUCCCUCCUCACGCACACUUCGUCGUCGUGGUCGGAACCGAGCUGGUGCGUCCAAUUAUAUUCCUGGUGGAAUGGCCGCUGAGGUACGCGGCUGGAUCUUGGAGAUGGGGGCGAAACGUGACCAGUUCCAGAAACCACCCUUGGUUCAAGCUCCAGACCCCCAGGCGGCAGAUGCUUCGCUGGAAAAGUUGAAGAUGUAUUUCCUAACUGCGCGUGUCAUCGAUGUCAGCCACUCAACUCUGAGCGGGUGUGGCUCCCUCGCCUUCCUUCAAGCAGAAGUGCUUAGUGGGAAUCAUGUGCAGCAGGAAAAUCCGGAUGCGACAUUCAAUAUCAUGAUUAUGGGACCUUCGCGAUCUAAGUACGCUGUUCGUCCAGUUCCCUCGCAUUCUGAUGCCACCGUGACACCCUAUCUGCGGAAAGGGGAUAUAGUGGGGAUUCACAGAGGGCUCAACUGGAACUUGGAGCUUGGGACUCACUUUCCUGAACAUCGAACACCUGGUCGAGUAUCUAACCAAGUAUCACAGUGUGGUCCAUCUGAAAAUGGUGAACAUCCAGAGGCAAAAGAGGGCUGGCUCAUAGCCAUGGAAUGGGACCUUAUAGAAACAGCUCCAUGA